AUGCCUCCCAAAAAACCCGUCUCGGGCCUCACAAGAACCUACCUCUUCCUCUACAACCUCCUCAGCCUCAGUCUCUGGGCGACCUGCACCCUGCGAGCGGCAGUCCUACUGUCCCAGCAACUCUCGGAUGAAAGCAUCAAUGGCUUUGACGCACUCCCCUCCAUCUUCACACAGGUCUUCCCACUGCUCCUCAUCACGCAGUCCCUCGCCGGCCUCGAGAUCCUCCACUCCCUCGUCGGCCUUGUGCGCGCCCCACUGCUCACGACCACAAUGCAGGUUACCUCUCGCUUCGUGGUGGUCUGGGGCGUGAUGUUCCUGUUCCGUGAAGGCGCCGUUGAUCUGUCGGGCUUGUUAGGGCCGGCGGUGGGGGCCAAGCACCAGCAGCAGCCUGUGGGUGUCGCUGAGGGUGAUGGACUGGUGGGUCUGGUUGGGGAGACUCAAUACUGCGAUUUUGCCUUUUUGGGCUGCAUGUUUGCUUGGGGCGUGACGGAGUGUAUUCGUUAUGGGUUUUUUGCGAUGCAGUUGGGCGGUGUGUCGGUGCCUACGUGGUGGCAGUGGUUGAGAUAUAAUACCUUUUUCGUCCUGUAUCCUAUCGGUAUCGCAUCGGAAUGCGUGUUUAUGUACUUCAGCCUAGGCCAUGCUGAGAAAUAUGUGCACGUCUACUACAAAUGGGUCAUGAUGGGUAUUAUGGCGAUUUAUGUCCCAGGAAGUUAUAUCCUCUACACGCACAUGAUGUCGCAGCGGAGAAGGGUUAUGAGGGGGAAGAGCCGCGUUGAUUGA